UAUAAAUCCAAGAUGGACGCCAGUUUGAAUCAGCUGAAGGCGCAGAUCAAUAAGAGUCUGGGUGAUGCCUCAGUGGUAGUCAAAGCGUCGUGUCUAUUGGUUUGUUUGCUGUAUUUGCUGACGUUUAUUCCGUCCUUUUGGUCAGCUUUGGCAGUGUGUCCUGGUUUUUUAAUUCCACCAAAUUUUAGAAUAUGGUCCCUCAUUACUGGAGGAUUCCUGGAGUAUAGAAUUUGGAAUGUUGCAAUAGAUGUACUUGUAUUGGUGUUAUGUGGCAAAUUUAUCGAACCGCUGUGGGGUGCCCUGGAGUUUCUAAAAUUUGUAAUCAUUCUUGAUGUUGGUACAUCUCUGGUUACAACUCUCUUGUGUUUGUUUAUCUACCUGGGAACAUUCAACACACAUAUUUGGUUUCUCCAGUUCAGUGGCAUGACAGGUAUCAUCUCUGGUCUUGUAGUUGCCUUCAAACAGAUUAAACCUGACGAAAACUUAUACAAUGGAUUGGUUAAUGUAAGAAUCAAGCAAAUACCAGGUAUUGUUGUACUGUCUUACACAAUAUUGUGCUUGGUUGGUAUUCUGCCUGUUAUUCAGUUGGCUUUAGUUGUGUCUGGGAUUCUGAUAGCUUGGGUGUAUCUUCGAUUCUACCAGCCAAGAGCAAGAGGGUCAAGGGGAGACCUAAGUGAAGACUUUUCUUGUGCAUCUUUCUUUCCAGAACAAAUCCAACAUCCCAUCCGUACAGUAUCCAAUUYGAUCUUUAACUUUAUGGUCAAGAUUGGAGCAUGUGCAAAGCCUGUCAGAACAUAUGAUGUUGGCGCUCCAUCUGCUAUCACCAUAAGUCUACCUGGGAUAGACCCUGCUGAUGCAGAGAGAAGAAGACAAAGAGCAUUAAAAGCCUUGAAUGAAAGACUCCAAAAACUCGAUCAGGCACAGGGCAGUUGGCCGUCAAUGGAAGACCAAGGAGAAAAAGACGAAAAUAUACCAUCUGAGGACACAACACUAGAUGAAACACCCACAGUGGUCAUAGACAAAGGCAAUCCAACUAACCCUGAGGGACACAGAAGUACAGCCAUCAUAGAAACAUAACUUACAUUACUGUCUCUAUACUUGUUUGUCYGUCUGUCCAUGAUAAGUCAGUCGGCCAUGCCUUUGUUGGACAUCGGCAAAUUGUUAUGGAAAAGAGUAUUUAUAUCUGAACACUAGAAUAUACUCUCUCUUUCUAUCUGUCUGUCCAUGAUAAGUCAGUCGGCCAUGCCUUCAUUGGACAUCGGCAGAUUGUUAUGGAAAAGAGUAUUUAUAUCUGAACGCUAGGAUUAACUCUCUUUUUUUAUCUGUCUGUCUGUCUAUGAUAAGUCAGUCGGCCAUGCCUUCGUUGGACAUCGGCAGAUUGUUAAGGAAAAGAGUAUUUAUAUCUGAACACCAGAAUAUACUCUCUCUUUCCAUCUGUCUGUCUGUCUGUCCAUGAUAAGUUAGUCGGCCACCCUUCAUUGGACAUUGGCAGAUUGUUAAGGAAAAGAGUAUUUAUAUUCCCUACUGUGCACUAGAACACUAGGAUGUAGCCUGCAAAUACAUGAUAACGUCACAGUGGGACUUUAAGGAAAGUGAAAGAAAUCGAAAAGGGACGUAAUGGUAGAACAUUUGGAUGACACCAAGUAAUCACAUUGAGUAUAACCAACUCAGACGACUCAAAAAGCUUUAAUCCCAAUACAGAAAUCAUCAACAAACGAACAGUAGCGCAUUUGCCCUGGCUAGAGAAGAAGUCUAGUGAUGACACACGUAUAAAGAGAAGAUACGUUCCCAUGAUUCCCUGCUCUCGGAGAGACUGCAAAUAGCAAGCUAUGGCUGAAUUUAACACAUUUAAGAAAAGUAAUUAUUCAAAGUUCUUGGAACACUUACAAGAAAUUUGAGUUCAAAAACCUCUAUUUAACGGCCACCCUUAGGCAAUUAUGAAUUGGCCGAUAAAUAGAGGUUAGUCGCCUAAUAGAGGUUAAAAUAGUGCAAAAACCCYCUUUGGGAAUUUGAUAACUGGCUGUAAAUAGCCUUACCACUUUAUGUAAGACUACAUGAAAUGGCACUAUUCCGUAAUAACGUUUAAGGUUAGUUUUUUGGGGGGUUAGGGUUAGGUUUCACGACGUUAUAAUCAAUAAUAAAUAAUUAAUAAUCCAAUAGUGCAAUUUUAUGUUGUCUUACAUGAAGUACAAACAGUAGAAGUCAAACUUCCCACUUUAGAAACGAGUUGAGGACUGGGAACGAGUUUUUAGAAUUAACCAGGUUAAAUAAACACCCUACCAAGAAAGAGUA